AUGGAUCCCUCGGACACGACUCCCGCCGCCUCCGUCUCUCUGGCCUGUUGUCAGUCUCUGUGCGAUCUGCUGAAGGAACUGCCGCUCCCGGGGCCGACGCUCCCGACGGCUGACCAGUGCUUGAGUGCGCGCAACAAUCAACUGAUUUGCGAGGAUCUGUCGCUUCUGGACGGACAGCUCGAGUCGGCGCUCAUUGCCGCCAAACAGCAGUUGCAGGACUUGGUGUUUGUCGACGCCGUGGUCGCCCCUUCCGUCGUGGCGUCGUCGCCGAUGUCGCCGCUCGCUCUGCAACUCUCGCUCAAAGGCCUCUUCUGGACGACCGGCGUCUCCGCUGCGAACAACUGUUGGCCGGAAGCCAACUCUCUCGAGACGAUCGAGCCGUCCAUUCGGACGCAAUUGGAGUUAACGGAGAACUUGAAACUCAUAAACGAGUUGCAGAACGACUGCAACGACGCGGACGUCAAGUAUUUCCAACACAACGACUGCAACGAAGACUCGUACUCUUCGUUGGGCGAGAGAGUGAAGAGUCGUCAGCGACAGCACAACCACUCGUCGGCGUCGCAGGACGUGGUCAUCGUCCCGCCCGUCGUCCCCGAAGACAGUGUCGUGUCGUGUGUUGUGCCGCCGGUCGUCGUCGUCGAGUCGACGCCACGACAAGAACGACAGGAACGACAGCCAAAGGCGACGCCGAAAGUGACGCCAAACCGAAGCCAUAAUUCGCACAAAAGUCGCAGCAAUUCGACGACGAAUCACAGCAUUAAAGACAACAUUUGCCACGACUUCCAAAACAAAGACAGUUUAGUGUCGUUUGAGUUCAUUCUCAACAAACUUAUGAGUGAUUGUGUGGACGACGACAACGACUCGACGGACGACGACGACGACAACCGCCACCACAAGAACGACAUGUCGUUCGACCUGAGGAUCGAUCUCAAGGAACUCAAUGCUCUCAUGUCGUUGUCGUCCAAACUGAAGCACUCGAACCGUAUGAACGACUUGGAGGGCAGGAUGUCAUCCAAACUGUCGUCCUUUCUGUCGCUCCUAACCAACAAAAUGACGGUUUGGUUCUCGAAGUUCAAGGAGAACGAGGAGUUCCUGUCGUCGGACGACACGAGUAUGUCGUCGGACGACAACCACUACUGGCAGCUCCUCAUCAACGCCUCGAAAAUGGCGCUCAACAUCAUGACCUCCAAAGGCAUGUCGUCGCGCGUCGUGCUCUUCGAGGAGCUCCUGGAGAUCAUCAUUAACUUCCUGUCGCAUAAUCUCAACUCCAAGACUCACGUGAGCGCCGCCAAGACGUCGCCCUCGAAGAAGAAGUCGUCGGCCGUGUCGGCGACGACGACGGCGACGAAGCGACAGGUGACGCAUUGGGCCGAACUGCUGGAACUGCUGCGCGAGUACCUCACGCGCAACCAGUCGCUCAACGACUCCAUUGUCCUGAUGUGCACGAGAAUCGCGAUGUCGUCGCUAUUGUUGAACGCGUCGGAAAUGCAGUCUUCGGCCACUCCCAUCAUCGCCCACAUCUUCGCGCAUUACGCCAAACACCGCGCGAGUAUUCUCGAGGAACUCCUGCAGCAGUUUCCGCGCAUUCCGCUCCACCCCUCGCGCCACCACUCGGACCGCGCGCUCAACCCCUUCACGCGCCUCCUCAUUGCGCUCACGAACGCGUUGUACGCUCAGGGAGUGGACGCGCGCGCGAAGAUUACGCGCGAAAUGCUGACAAAGCAACUGACGGAAUGCCUGCAAGUGAUGUCGGGUUUCCUGUCGUCGUUCACGAAGCGCUGUCUGGGCGGGGCUUCCGGCGGCGACACUGACGUCAAGGCGUUCUUCGCCGACGUGUUGUCGGACUUGCUGUCGUCGCUCUUCUCGCCGCCAACAAUCACCGCUCUCCUCCUCAUCCAAAUCCAGACCAAACUCCUGAUCACUUAUUUGGCGCAAUCGGCCAAACAGACGGCGCUCUCCACGCGCUUGAAUGCAAUCGAGUUUUUGGCCGAAAUCUGCUCGACGUUCGCGCGACUCUUCGCCCAAAAGGACGACAUUCGCGACGACGCGACGACGACUCUGCAGCAGCUGUUGGGACGACGCGGCGACGCACGAGACGACAGCAGACGACCGAAAAACGACCAAACGCUGCAAAUGCUUCGACUGCUCAACGAGUUCUUCGGCGAAGAGAAACUGUUGGCCGAAAAACUCAUUUUGGCGUCGCUUUGGAUGAAAGAGAAGCCCAUUCAGGACAUGGAGACGCAAUACGUGGCGCUCUUGAACUCGCGGGAGGCGCCGCCGCCAGACGCGGAGGCCAUCGACGCGACGACCGCCGAACUCUUCGUCAAGACGCUUGAACUGAACGACUUCGCGACGUUCUCGCGACUCUUCGACGCCUCUCUGUCGCACGUGACGUCAUCGCUGUCGUUGACGCAAAACACGACUCAGAGGUCGCGCGCCAUGAAGUCGUUGUCGCAGAUUCUCGUCAACUGUUCGCUCGAGAAGUCGACGCAACUGUUGGCGCGCUCCGACCUGCAGGUGGCGAUGCGGUCGGCGCUAUUGGACGGCUCGACGUCCGUUCGCGAGGCGACCAUCGAUCUCAUUGGCCGCUUUGUCCUCCAAUCAAAGUCUCUCGAGUUGUGCGACAAAUACUGCGAUCUCAUUGGCGAACGCAUUCUCGACACCGGCGUCUCAGUGCGCAAACGCGUCAUCAAGAUCUUGCGCGACAUUUGCAUCCAGUUCCCCGAAUUCCCGAAAUGCGGGGAAAUCCAGCUCCGGGUGAUUAAGCGCGUCAACGACGAGGGCGAAGGCAUUCGCAAACUCGUGUUGGAAGUCGUGCGCGACCUCUGGUUCCGAUCGCUGAACGACACGACAGACGACGCCGUCGUCUCCUAUAAAGUCAAGUCUCUGUUGCACGUGAUCUCCGUUAUGCUGCAAACCGACGGUUCGAUCGACGCUUUGCAACAACUCAUGGAAAACAUUGUGAACGCAGAGUCCGAAGUCCCGCAGAGCGCGCAGACAAUCGUCGACUUCGUGGUCGCGCGUGUGCUCUGCGCGCCCGACGACACGACGACGACAGCCAACGACAGGUCGCGCGCUCUCCUAAACCUGGCGGCCAUCCAUUUGGUGGCGAUCUUCGCGCGCAUUUGCCCCCAACUUCUCGUCAAACACUGCGACUCUUUGCAGUCAUUGUUGUCGCUCUCGUGCGACACUGUCGUCGACAUUCAUCUUCGCAAUAAAGUGAUCCAAUCGUUGGAACGCAUUCUCCACAAAGUGCGCAAUCCUUCGCCACAACUCAUGACGCGAUUGGAAGAAGACCUCACGAAACAGAUCCUCCAGUCUUCGGCGCUAAUCCUGCCCUCGAGCGUCAAAUGCCUAUCAGUUCUCAUCACAACUCACACUCAAAACCACAAAUUGUCGGCCGAUUUGUUCCACAAAUUCAAACAGAUUUUGGUCUCGAAUUGCGGUCAAAACGCGUCGAAACCGAAACUCUUGCGUUCCGUCUAUUCUUUGGGGCUUUUCGUCAAACAUUUCGCCAAAUCCGUUGACAGCCAAUCAAAACAACUCGUUUUGGACCACAUUCUCGCUCUCAUCCAAUCAAAUAUGGCGAACGGCGUCCAACACGACAACCAAGACGUCAUCUGUCGCUGCAUUACGUCAUUGGGAUUCAUCGUCGAGUCGGACCCCAAGAUCUGUCUGCAGCGCCGCGUCCACGACCUCUACAGCCAUCUCCUCGCCGACGGCUCUCCGGAACCGCUUUGCGUUCAAGUGCUUCAGAAUUUCCGCAAUUAUCUCAACGACAGCCUCGAGAGCGACGAACGCGCGAACGCCGCCAUCGAGUGGUCACGUGAGUCGCUCAAGACCAUGACGUCAGAGGACAGCGACUCGUCGUCCGUCCAAUCGCAGAUCAUUCAGCAAUACCUCGCGCCGCUAUUGGACCGCGCGUUGGCCGCGUCUGUGCACAUCCGUCGCGUCGCCUGCAACGUGAUCCACGUGAUCCAGUCGGGCGGUCACGUGCAUCCCCUGCAACUCGUGCCGCAUCUCAUCGCCAUGACCACCGACGACGACCGCGACAUCCGCUCGCGCGCCGACCACGUGCUGCACGAGAUCGAGCGCAAGUUCCACGGCUUCGUCGCCAUGAAGGCGCGCCCCGGCAUCCUUCUGGCCACUCAGCUGUGCGCGCGACUCCGGUGUCGCGGAUUUCGGCUGCUCGACGACAACUCCGGUGACGUCACCUCCCGGUUGGCCACUCUCUAUCACGUGGUCGCAACCAAUCGCCAGUCGCGGCGCGGAUUCGUUCAGCAAUUGUUGCGCAACUUCGACGUCAACUCGAGUCAAAUGGACGCCGCGGACGACACGGAGACGACGGACGCUACGACAGAGACGACAGCGGCGACGGACGACACGACAGCAGACGACCGAAACGUUCAAUUGGUGUUCGAAAUGGUGCUCUUCUUCCCGUUCACGGUUUGCGACGAAAUUCUCUACAUUUUGCAGCAAUUAGAGUGCAUUCAGUCCGUGAACUCGACGCACACCUCUCAGCUCUUCACCGAACUCUUCGGCUUCGAGUCGGAGGAAGCGAUGGACGAAAAGUUCGACGACAACUACGACACGUUCGCCGCGGAGCUGCGCGAGGCGGCCGACACCAUCGCGUGUCGCCAACAGGUGUUGCGCCAAAUCGCGCGCUCUUUGCGGCGACUCUUUUUGGUGGCGCUUUUGCGGAAACUCUUGAAAGAGUUUUAUUUGAUAAAAGACGAGAAGAUUCUCGAGUAUUCGCCAAAUGAGGCCAAAACGUGGGAAAAGCCUAUUCACAGGCGACAGAUCGAGGCGUCCAAUCUGUGCGAAACGCUGCUGCGCGCCAACCCGUCGAUUGGCGCCGAUUCGCGCAUCGAAGACCUGCUCGAAGAGUUCAAACGCUUCAAAUCCGUGUCCUUGACCUCCAACGACCCUCACGUGACCAAUCAGCUCAUCCAACAGAAGCUGUUUGUCUUCAAGAAGACAAAGACGACGCCGAACGACAUCCAGAAGGCCUUCACGAUCGACAGCAACAAAGUGGACGACAGGACGACAACGACGACGUCGGCCGACGACGAGCUCAACGAAGGCGAACGCAAGCGUCUCCUGGAGUCCAUUCGGCGGACGUCGUGUCACGUGUCGCUCAUCGACAUCGGAAUCCCCGAAUCGGUGACCAAUCAGAUGUCGGCGCCGCCGCCGAAGCGCAAGACGAGUCCAAAGCGCGCCAAACGGAAGAGAAUUCGCGUCGAAGACGACUCGAGUAGUGAUGAGCGGACGUCGAGCGACGACUCGCGCGACGACGACGACGACGACAGACAUUAA